AGCAACAGCAGUAGCGCCAGUAGCUCACCCUGGCUCAGUCACAGCGGAGGCUGCAGUGUGUAUACGUCUGCGUGUUUGUGUGUGUGUGUGUGUGUGUGUGUGGGCUUCAUGUGUUUCCAUGUUUACAGUGUAUGAAUCAGCCGGUGUGCCUGCUGCUCUUUAAGGAGCUGAUAUGACCUAUACAUGGAGUUACUCUGACCAAGGACUGCAGGAAGAAAUGUAAGAAGACCGUCCUGGAGCUCUUUAAGAGGAAGAAGGAAGACAUAACAUCACUUUUUCCUCUUUCUCUCUCUCUCUCUCUCUCUCUCUCUCUCUUCGUUAUUUCUAUCAAACUAGCUUUUCUCUCACCAUCUUACUGGCUUGCUACUACUAGGAUUCUGUGAAACAUAACUAGCAGCUUCCUGGGUAGCGCUACAUUUUCAGUAGGGGAUCUGCUGAGAGCUAAAGAUGAACGACUGACCUUGAGUCUCAGGUCAUCUGAUGGUGUGUGUGCUGCCGGAACAGUGGUGGUGAGUCGUCUGAAGAUGGGGGAGAUGGAGGAGGUUGACGUGGACCACAUUACCACCGACAUACCGUCACAGAAGUGUCCGUUGGUUUGUGAGUCUGCACACCAUUCCUGCGUGGACAGAGAAAAUAACCCACUGACAGGACCAGUGUUCAGGAAUCCAGUAUGCAAGGUGUACAGAUUUCAAACAGUGGACAGCAAGUGGAUGCUUGUGCGGGAACAAAUGGAGGAGUGCACUUUGUCAUUUAGCAUCCCCAAACAGCUGCUGUCACUGUACAUUCAGGAGGACAUGAGCAGGGUGCAGGAUCUGAGGGAGCUGGGAGAGCUUUCUCCUCACUGGGACAACUUAAGGAAGGAGGUGAUGACACGAUACGGAGGAAUCAUCAGCUCCUACCAGGAGACUUUGGCUGAACUGGACAAAAUUACUGGUCGUUCGUUCAAGCCCAGCUGCUGCAAAGCCCAGAAGUCUCUGGAGUUUAUCCCAAUAAACUUGCACACCCAGAGGAUGAGGGUGACAUGCCCCAAAAAAACAGAUGCUUUCUAUGACAUUGUCACUGUCGGUGCCCCUGCAGCCCACUUCCAGGGCUUCAAGUGUGGCGGUCUGCAGCGUCUCCUCAGCAGAUACGAAGCAGAGAAAAAGAGCUUCAGCACUGCCUACCAGUGUAUCUACUACUCCCCAGAGCACACAGCCAAAGCCCAGGAGGUACUCAGCACGAUGAGCCUCCUCCAGCCCCUCAUCACCAGCUUAGCGGACCAGCUCCUCCAGGCUGCCCAUGAGCACUCUUCCCCUGGACUGAGGGAUGCACUCAAGAACCUCUCUGACAAGACAGAACAAUUUGUUCACACACUUAAGGAUGAAUUGGUCAAGAGUGCACUGCUCGCACUGCACGCAGCGCAGCCGGGCUUCGUUUCCAAGAACCAGAAGCAAACUCUGGUGCAGGGACAGCACCAAGGCCACAUCGGCCAGGGCAGUGACCAGAAUCAGAGCCCAGUCCAGGGACUUCCGGGCCACAGUCCGACCACAUCCGUCACAGAGAGCACAGCGGUGUGUAAUAAUGUGGAGGCUUCACAAACCAUGACUGGGGGAGAAGGUGGGCUUCUGCCGCCGAAGCACCAAGACUCCAUACCACACCAUAAAGAGUAUGAUGAAGAGGAAUGGGACAGGGUUUGGGCUAACGUGGCCAAAUGUCUCAACUGUGUAAUCGCCAUGGUGGAUAAACUGCAGGAAGAAGACAACAGCAAGAAGGAGUCGGUCCCCGAGCAGCAGCUCGCCGAUGUCAUCACCUCACACAAUCCAGGUGACUGGAGGGAGCAGUUGUGUCCUCUGGUGACCAGGUUAAAGGAGUGUGUGAUGGAGGUGGUGGAGAAGGCAAAGAGAGCCAUGACCUUUGUGCUCCUGCAGGAGGCAGCCUGCAGCAUUCCACAGGGCUUCCUCCUCCAGCAGAGGCGAGACGUGGUCUUCAGUCAGGCACUGGCAGCCUUGGCCUGUGGUUUCGUCAUGAGGUUGUACGCAGGAAUGCAAGACAAAGGCUUCCUGAGGCAGCUCCACCUAGUUGGCCUGAUGGCCCAGUUUGAGAGCCUGCUCAGCACCUACAGUGAAGAGAUCGGGAUGCUGGAGGACAUGGAGGUUGGAAUCUCAGACCUGCAGAGAGUCGUGUUCAAGAUUACAGAGGCCAAGACAGAUGACCUGAGCGACCUCCAGCCUUUAGUGUGUGGCCGACGAGACCACUUCACUGUAGAAGUGCCAUUACCACAACUGGUUUUCCAGACCUUGCCAGAGGAGAUCAGAGAGGGCAAGCCUCUACGAGUAUUCCCGGUGCUGUUUAACGUGGGCAUCAAUGAGCAACAAACUAUAGCAGAGAGGUUUGGAGACAUCUCCCUACAAGAAAGAAUAAAUCAGAAGAACUUUGAGACGUUAGAAGCCUAUUACAAAUCAUUAAGUGAAAAGGUGCCACUAGAAUGUCUACCAUGUUUUCAGACACAGACUGACAUAAAGGAAUUACUUGAAACCUUGGGGCAGAAUGUAGUCACAAAGAAGAGAAAGAAUGUGGAGAUACUAUGGAUUGCUGGAACCAUCUGCCGAAGAUUAAAUGGCAUCAGGUUUACCAGCUGUAAAAGUGCCAAAGACCGAACAUCCAUGUCUGUCACAUUAGAGCAGUGUGCCCUCCUGCGUGAUGAACACCAGCUCAGCAAGGACUUCUUUGUUCGUGCUCUGGACUGUAUGCGGAGAGAAGGAUGCCGGAUUGAGAACGUACAAAAGAAUAUUAGAUGCAGGAAAUAUGCCUUCAACAUGUUGCAGCUGAUGGCCUUUCCCAAGUGCUACCGACCGCCGGAGGGGACGUACGGCAAAGUUGACUCUUAAAGACACACAACGCUGUACUGUACAUCUGCUCCCUCAGUGUUCUCCAACUAGUCAGUAUGAACGCUUAUGAAUAAUAGUGAUUAUGGAAAAUGGGCUGUUCAUUAAAAUUUGCUGGAUGUUUUUUGUUUUGUUUUUUAAUUACUGUUUUUUGUUUUUUUGUUUGUUUCUCUGGUAAUGUGAUGAGGGUACAUGCAGCAGUGCAGAGUUAAGGGAUUCAUUAUAAAUCAAGCUGUUUUUGCCAAACAUGUGUUUCUUGUAAAAUAAUUGCACUUUCUCAUCUACUUUUCAUAACCCAAGCAGCAAUAAAAAGUCCAACUAUGUGGACCAACCAAAGCUGUACAUAAUCAACAUGUGUGUAUAUGACGUUAAUGAUCUUUUAAAGACCUCAACAGGUGAGCCUGCAUUUGUAUGCAUGAACAAUUCUCCUCUGCACAUUGUUUUUAAACUGAUGUGCGUGUGAAAAAAAUAAUGUCAACUCAGAGGUCAGCUUUUAGGUUUGGUUUUGGUUUUGUGAUGAUGAUGAUGUCUGCACUGGCUGCCUUCAGAAAAAACGUUAGUGGACCUUUGACCUAUUUCUGUAACAACCACACGCCCCAGUGGACUUCUGUGGUAUAAAUACUGAUCCCCAUGAUCCAUGAACUGGAACAUUUCGACAUACAGUAGUAAGAUAUACAAGAUGAAAAAUGAAACAUUCAAAGCUAAAACCGUGACUUUUUGUACAAGAGUUGGAGCACCUCUCAAGCAGCUGCACUUUUUUUUUUUGUUGUUAUUCUAUCGCAUAUUCAGGUCAAAACUUCCUGUGUUGUUUUUUCCUGCAGCCAAACAAAGUUUCCGUAAUAACUCUUCUAAGGAAGUUGUAACGUAAACUCAAGUACACCAGGAGGAAAGCAGCAUGUUCUGUUUAGCUUUUCUAACUCAUACUACAGCCCGGUGAUGGAGGCUGAACAUUGGACCAUCAUUUCUUAAUGCUAUAAAACAAAUUCCAUUGUUUAUUUUUGUAUUCUAAAAUGAUUUUAUAUUCUAAGGGUUGAUACCUUGGACUUUAUUGCAUGUUCAGAAUGAUAAGUUGUGAUAUACAUUUGACAUUUACCAAUGUCUAUUUAAAAUUAAAGAGCGGUUUGAUGUCAGUUUCACAGGAGUGCACUUAAUUAAAUCAUUAUUUCUUCUCUUUUAGGUGAGAAGAAAAGUCCAGUGGAGUUUUGUUGAAGCUACUAGAAUUCAUUGUUUUAUUUGGGUAAUCUGAUUACUUUGUAGGUGUGGGACGCGACUUUUGAAUCUGAUUGUGUGCAGUUGUGUGAAGUAUGUUUUCAAGAGAGAGGCAAUAAUAAAUAAAAUAUAAUGUUGAUAGCGACAA